AUGCCUACUCUCAGGCCCCACCCCAGUUCUGUGGCCUCAGAAUUUGCCUUUAACACAACCCCCUGGCCAUUCUCCUGCACAUUAAAAUCUGAAAAGCACUGGUCUAAGGCACUCAGGGACAUGGAAUGGUUUUGUGUAUUGCAGCAGACACCCUCCCCAGGCUCUUGCAGUGCCAAGAGCCCAGGUCUGCUCCUCUGUGUGAGUCUGGGGCUCAGCCAGCCUGGGCCUCCCACUGGGCGGCCAGGAGCCUCUCCCAUCUGUGAGCUUCAGACUCCCCACCAAGAAGGUGAGGUCUGCACGGGGCAGCCAGCACAGUGCCCAUCUGGCCCUGGGGCUGCAGGGUCUGACCCCCUGGAGCAGCAGAGCUGA